AUGGGUGGAAAUGCAACGGAAAACAUGCGUCUCACACAAACCAACUACGAAGAGGUUGAAUCAGACUGUCAGAAUAUACCAUCUACCAAGUUCAACACCUGCUUUCAUACCGUUGAAGAGAUUCCAACACAUGAGAGCACGAAUCAUCUUUCACGUCCGUCAGAAGCACCUUACUCCUUCACACGAUGGCUUGCCCUAGUUCUCAAAACACGAAACGUCGAUGCAAAAGCUGCACAAGUUGUGAAACUUACACGAGCAAAGGCCAGACUCCUUGUAGCAGCAUCAGGCACCUCGAUUAUCACUGGUGAGCACAACCGAGCAUACCAAGAAGACAUCCAUCAUCCCGCAUCUAUCGUCUCUCGAUUUCCCCGCCGAAGGUCUCUUUAUGCGCUUGGAUCGUUGUUCACCUAA